GCUGACCGCGGCGCCGGGCUGAGGUCGGGGGCGCAGCCGCGCCAUGGAGCGGUACGAGAAGCUGGGCAAGGUCGGGGAGGGCUCCUACGGCGUCGUCUUCAAGUGCCGCAACAGGGAGACGGGGCAGAUCGUGGCCAUCAAGAAGUUCCUGGAGUCCGAGGAGGACCCGGUGAUCCGGAAGAUCGCGCUGCGGGAGGUCCGCAUGCUGAAGCAACUGAAACACCCCAACCUGGUGAACCUGCUGGAGGUGUUCAGGAGAAAGAGGAAGCUGCACCUGGUCUUUGAGUACUGCGACCACACCGUUCUCCACGAGCUGGACAAGCACCCCCGGGGGGUCCCGGAGCAGCUGGUCAGGAGCAUUACCUGGCAGACCCUCCAAGCUGUGAACUUUUGUCACAAACACAACUGCAUCCAUCGAGAUGUAAAGCCAGAAAACAUCCUGAUAACGAAGCACUCCGUCAUCAAACUCUGUGACUUCGGAUUUGCUCGCAUGCUGACUGGCCCAGGUGAUUACUACACAGACUACGUGGCAACCAGGUGGUACCGCUCCCCAGAACUGCUGGUGGGGGACACGCAGUAUGGCCCUCCUGUGGACGUGUGGGCAAUAGGCUGUGUCUUUGCGGAGCUGCUCUCCGGGGUGCCACUGUGGCCCGGCAAGUCAGACGUGGACCAGCUGUACCUCAUCCGGAGAACAUUGGGGGAUCUUAUUCCCAGGCACCAGCAAGUGUUCAGCACCAACCAGUUCUUCAGCGGCGUAACGAUUCCAGACCCAGAGAGCAUGGAGCCAUUGGAAAUGAAGUUUCCUAGUAUUUCAUACCCUGCUUUAGCUCUCAUGAAGGGCUGCCUUCGUAUGGACCCUGCGGAGAGGCAGACGUGUGAGCAGCUGCUCCAGCACCCCUAUUUUGACAGCGUUAGGGAGGCAGGAGAUGUGGGGAAAGAACAUGAAAAAGCAGCUCGGAGACCAGCCAAGCUGACACGGAAGCACGUGCCGGGGUUCCAGUACCUGCCUCAGUUAAGCAGCAGCAACGUUCUACCAGCUUUGGACAGCAAGAAGUACUUCUGCAAAACGAGGAAAUCCAACUACCAUUUCCCUAACAUCUAAGUGGGUGGCAGAUGAAAAACUACCUAGCGUUCAAAGUUCCAGUCCUUCAGAAUUUAUAGAAGGCCAUGUGGUGGAAAACUGAAUUAAUACAGGUGAUGAUGUAUACAGAAAUGGACUGUAAGGUACUCUGGGCUGCUGGUGGAAGGAAAGUGGUGCACUCCAAGCUCACAUUAGCCAGUGUUCUGUGUAAAGAAAAUAUAGUUCUUUUACUUUAAUUCGUGAUUGCCUACUGGUCCAGGAUUACUGCAAAGCAGUGUUUACAGGGUGAAUCUCAAGAACUCUGUUGCCUAUCUUUUGGCUGUAUUUCAGACUUGGCAGGAGAACUGCAACCUCGCCAAAUAAAUCAGAAUCACUGUGGCUAGCUAACUGAUCCUGCAAGGACCUGUAAACCUAUUCCCUUUGUCAGUGGAAGACAGAUGUGUGUGUGUAUGCAGCCGAGGUUGGUCCAGCUAAUUACAAACCUGCUGAAAUAGCAGUGUUUUAAAGAUAUGUCUAUCGUGUGUAAGGCAUGAAGUAUUACAAGCACAGGCAUUGACUUAGACUUACUGGAAGGCUCCACAGGCACUGUGAGCAGAAGGAGAAUAUAAUUACUGAAGUCUGCUUUUUUCCUUGGCCUUUCCAGAGCUUCUCCUCUCUGUCUCUUCCUUGCAUUACGAAGUUAUUUAUAUUUGCUGGUUUUGUCAGUAGUGAAGUCACUCGCCUGUAGUGUUACAGAAAUUGUUUUUAUCAAAAACAAUUCAAUGUAAUUUAUAACAAUAGCCAGACACGGGUAGAAAUUCUACCUAAGUCUGUGUAUUAGAACAAAUCUUGGAUUUCGUGUAAUUUCAGAAUGUAAUAUUGUGUUGAUUUUUAAUAAAAGAAAUGUAGCUUGUUUUUCUAGUUUA